UAGCCAAAUGAAGGGCCACCGAUUGCCAGAACUGUCCCAUUUUUGGGACACUUCCAUUUCAUAGCUGAUUUGAAAAUGCAUUCUUUUGUCCAUUCGUGAUUAAUACUUGCAUAUGAAAUUCUACUGACUUCCUCUUUGAUGUGGUUUGUUUCUAGUGAUUAAUUAUUUUCUUAACGAAAUUUACGAAAGUUGCAUUUGUCCACCAUAUUUCACUCUUUGAUCUCUUGGGAAUAUUGCAGCCUAUGCUUUUAUCUUAUUAGUUCGUUCUGGUAGCACCGACCUCCAGUCGGUGUCGAGACAUUAUGUAUUUUUGAUUGGAUGGCAAUUUCUGUGUGUAUGCAAGAGUUUGUUGGAGACAGGAAAGAGAGAGAGAAGUGAAGUUGAUCUGGAGAUGUGGAACGUUGUAUGGAAACAAACAAGGGCUUUGCUUUGCUGAAUUCGAGAUUUUGAGCAUUUGAAGUUCAAUCGGUGUUUUUAUUUUUAUUCUUAUAGGAAUUGUUGGAAAAAAAAUGUGAUCAGUGAGUCCAAGUGAUGCAAAAAAGAACGGAGGGGGAAACGAAAUAAAUGAGCCAAUACAAUGCCAAUUGCAGCAAGCUUCGACCACUUAUCCGCUAAUGAAAAGAACGCGAGUGGCUAAGAAAAAUUAAAGAGUGAGUGACCUUUGACUCAUCCAUAUUAAUACGAGGCCAAGAAUGAAGCUGAAAAGAACUUCAAAUGUAGUGGUCGAAAUGAGAAGUGACAACAAAGUGGAAGGCAAUUGCUGGAUAUAAAAUCAAGACUGGAUCUUGAAGGUAAGUGAAGAGUGAGGACAAUUAGAGGUACCAUGUGGUACGGAAUAGCAAAAGAUAAGCAUAAAAAGGCCUUUAUUUUAUGGCUUUAAGUGGGAAGAGAAUGGUAGUUUUUGAGAAAAUGCCGCAAGAAUAAUUGCUUUGCUCAUCUUCCUCCAGACACAAGCAUGUGACCCACCUCGCAAAUAAUGGAAUGGAGCCCCAUCUCUGGCAACCCAAAACCUGCCUCCUCCAUACCAAGACAUAACGCCAUAAAGUAAAGCUUUUUGUGAGAGAGAAACAAGACAGUCAAAACAUUGCAUUUCGGUUACUUCACACAUUACUUUUCCGGGAAUUUGUAUUUCGUGCGUGCGUUUCAAUGGUGUCAGAUCUUUUGGCCCUUUGGUGAGGGAGAAGAUAUGGCAACGAAGCAAUAUCGUAUCGACCCUUCUAUCUGUUUCCAGCAACAACCACCCAUGUUCUAAAUUCUCUCUUUUUUGUUGGAGAGAAAACCCACUUCAAUGCUCCUUCCUUGAUUUUCGUGUGGGGGUUUGUUUGUUUUUUUUCCUUCUCUGUUUAUUUUGGUUUCUGUAUCCUGUUGAGACCCUUCCCCUCCGAGUUCAUGUUGUUCAGAUCUGCCAGUUAGCUGAGGCUGUUGGUAAGAAAUGAAGGAUGAUUCCUAUGCCUUAGAGGUAAUACAAUAUUCUUGCAGUUGAAGUUUCUAUUGGAGUUGGGACACUCAAUUACUGAAUGGGUUUUGAUGGGUUUAUGAUUCCUGUUUGUUCAUGAGUGUUGGCUGAAUCAUAGUUGAUAUUUUCUUUUUUCUUCAUAUUGAAAGAGCUUAUAAGACCAGAUUUCGUUUAUUGGGGAAGAUGGGGAAGUUUCAAAUCCGGAAAUUCUUGGUUCCUCUACUACUUCUGAUAAUUUCUGAGUAUCUACUAACUGGAGACGCCAAAACCAAUUCUCUUUUCAUCAACUGUGGCUCAAGCUCAAACGAAACUGCUGAUGGGCGGAAAUGGAUUGGCGACCUGACUUCCGAAGUGAACUUUUCCGUGGGUAAUCUUGGUGCUAAUGUCAAUGCCUCCACUGACACUUUAAACGGCGAUUCAGUCUUUGAGCCGCUGUACAAAACUGCUCGGAUAUUUACUAAUUCCCUGAACUAUACUUUUAAAGGCGUUUGGGGUAAUCAUAUUGUUCGCCUCCAUUUCUGCCCCUUUCCUUUUGAGAACUUCAAUGUGAACGAGUCAUCAUUUUCUGUCUCAGCAAAUGGUCUUAGACUGGUUUCAGAGUUCAGCGUUCCCAAUGAGAUUGCAUAUAAGAAUAUGGAGUUUCAGCGUUCUGGGGUCAAUUCAAGUUCAUUCUCUUUGAUUAAAGAGUUCAUUAUUUCUGUCAAUUCAGAAGCAUUUGUUCUUGAGUUCUCUCCUUCUGGAGGAUCAUUUGGGUUCAUUAAUGCUAUUGAAAUCGUCCCCCUGGUGAAUGAGCUUUUUGCAGGUUCGAUUGAUAAGGUGGGUGGAAGUGCUGUUAGUUUGAAUGUGAGUGAAAGGGGAGCUGAAACUAUGUACAGAUUGAAUGUUGGAGGUUCGGUGAUCAAGCCCACUCAAGAUUCAAAUCUUUGGAGAAUGUGGGAAGUGGACUCGAGUUAUAUGAUUACAGCAGAUGCUGGGUCGGAGAUACAUAACAGUUCUAAUGUAACGUAUGCUUCCAUGAAUGACUCUAUUGUAGCUCCUCUCCCUGUGUAUGAAACAGCCAGAACGAUGUCCGAGACAGAAGUGCUCGAGAAAAGAUUCAACAUGUCGUGGAAAUUUGAAGUUCAUCCUGGUUUCGAAUAUUUGAUUAGAUUACAUUUCUGUGAGCUGCUGUAUGACAAGGCAAGAGAGAGGGUUUUCAAGAUUUACAUAAACAAUCGAACUGCAGUUGAGAGUUUUGAUGUGUUUGUACGAGCGGGGGGGAUGAACAGAGCAUAUCAUGUGGAUUUUCUUGAACCAAUAUCAUCCAAAAUCAACACCCUUUGGAUUCAACUAGGCCCUGAUACGGCUGCAGGUGCUGCCGGAACAGAUGCUCUCUUGAAUGGUCUGGAAAUAUUUAAGCUGAGUCAAAAUGGGAAUCUUGCGUUCAUUGACAGGUUUAAUGCCUUGGAACAGUCCAUGGGAAACUCGAAAUCUCAAAUUCUUUGGAUAGGCAUUGGAGCAGGUUUGGCAUCUGUUGUUUUCCUUGCUGUUAUUGUCUUUCUCACCAUCUAUUUCUGCAGAAACCGGAGGAGGAAUUUUACUAAGAAGAACUCUUCUAAGUGGAGAGCAGGAUCCAGUCAUGGGGCCACUGUCACCAGCACCUUGGGGGGAGGCCAAAGUGUAUUUGGGACCUUGCCAUCUACCAGAGUUGGCAAAUGGUUUACAUUAGCAGAGAUUCUUGCAGCAACAGAUAACUUUGAUGAAGCUCUGAUGAUCGGAGUUGGCGGUUUUGGUAAGGUCUACAGAGGGGAGAUUGAUGAUGGUACUCUUGUGGCAAUCAAGAGAGCAAACCCGCAGUCUCAGCAGGGACUUGCCGAGUUCGAGACUGAAAUUGAAAUGCUUUCUAAACUUAGGCAUAGGCAUCUGGUCUCCAUGAUCGGCUUUUGCGACGAGCAAAAGGAAAUGAUCUUGGUUUACGAAUACAUGGCGAAUGGCACUCUAAGAAGCCAUCUCUUUGGGAGUGAUCUCCCACCUUUGACAUGGAAGCAGCGAUUGGAAGUGUGCAUUGGUGCAGCCAGGGGACUCCAUUACCUUCACACAGGAGCUGAGAGAGGAAUAAUCCACAGAGAUGUGAAGACAACCAACAUACUCUUGGAUGAGAACUUUGUUGCAAAAAUGUCUGAUUUUGGUCUUUCAAAAACAGGUCCUGCUUUGGAUCAUACCCAUGUUAGUACUGCAGUUAAGGGCAGCUUUGGCUACCUCGAUCCAGAGUAUUUCAGGCGCCAGCAGUUGAGUGAAAAAUCUGAUGUCUAUUCUUUUGGUGUGGUAUUGUUAGAAGUUGUUUGUGCACGAGCUGUUAUAAACCCAACUUUGCCCAAGGAUCAGAUAAAUCUUGCAGAAUGGGCAAUGAAAUGGCAGCGCAAAAAGUUGCUGCACACCAUCAUAGACUCACAUCUCAAAGACAAGUAUUGCCCUGAGUCUCUUAAAACAUUUGGAGAGAUAGCAGAAAAAUGCCUUGCUGAUGAAGGGAAGAUUCGUCCAACAAUGGGGGAAGUUCUAUGGCACCUAGAAUUUGCUCUGCAACUCCAUGAUGCUUGGAUCCGCACCAAUGAUGCUCAAAGUUCUUGCACAGUAAACUCAGAAGGAGCCCAAGCUGAGGAACAGAGGGUAGAAGUUGAUCGGGAAGAGGAAAGCUCCAGCUUGAAAGCUUAACUGAUCACUUGUCCUAAUGGAUUUGGUCACAUAACUAGCUUCUCCGCUUGCAACAAUGGGUGUCUUCUGCUAAUCAUCAUUGCAUUUCUUCAUAAACAUCUUUCCAAUUCUGCUCAGUUUCCUCCAAAUAUCAUUUAUUUUGUUGAGUCUGCUAUCAUCUAGAAAGUGAUUUGAAGUACAGUUUUGCUGCUUAUAUCAAGUAGUUGUUCUCCACAUUUUAAGAAGAAAGUGAUUAGCCAGAGAUGUUAUAGAGUCAAAACCAAACUGUUCUGAGCAUCAAUGGCCGUUUCAUGAACUCCUCUGAAAAUCUAAAGAGCCGUGGAGAUGUUCAGUGGAAGGUAACAACAGUGCAGGAGAUAUCAUCGUAGCUCUUCUUAGACAAAGCCUCUUUGAUCAACUCCUCUGAAGCCUUUUGAGCGUCCAUAGCCAUUGCUCUGAUGCAAUGACAAGCCUCCUGGUUUGAAAUUACCUGCAUUUCCAAACAAAAAACCAAAACAGAGCACCAUCUCAGUACCUCUUAGGAUCAAAUCAGCCAGCCCUGUAAGUUACCAUUGGUUUACUGUACAAGAAAGAUUAAUUAUGGAACAAGUUCUCAUUAUCUCUGAGCUUUCCUUAGAUUUUUCUUGUUGAGUCAAUGUUUUUAUGAACUUAGCCUUCAGGGCCUGCAGUGUACAGAAAAAGUCAGAAAAGAAGAACACUUCUACAUGUGAAA